AUGAAACUUGGAGAAUCCUUGGAUGACUAUUUGGCUUGUUUCAAUAAAAUCCUGAGUGAUCUUAGAUCUGUUGAUGCUUCUUAUGAUGUUAACUAUUCUCAAUCUGAGAUUGCUCGUCACUUUAUGAAUGGCCUUGAUAUGAAAGUUUGGGAUGUUAAAGUUACUUCAAUUCAAAAGUCUAUUGAUAUGAAUGUUUUAACUUUGGAUAUUCUUUAUACUAAAUUGAAAACAUAUGAGAUGAAUAUUCUUUCAAAAAGGACUGAUUUGAAAUCUACUGCUUUAAUAUCCUCAUCUGGAUCUUCUUCUGAGUCUAUUUCUUUGGCAGCCUUUGCUGCUUUUAUCGCCUUGUCCGAUGAUCAACUGGAAGAGAUCAGUGAGGAGGACUUGGUUUUGGCCGCUAACAGAAUUUCUCGAGCUGUGAGUAAUAUCAGGAUCAGGAGAAGAGGAGGACCAAUUCGAUGCUUUGGAUGUGGUCAACCGAAUCACAUCCGUUCUCAGUGCCCCAAGCUUGGAAGAGUGAAUGCUGUAAGAGAAGUUAAUCAGAAUAAUUGCAAAAAACUUGAUGUUGUAACCAAGAAAUCUAGAAAACUUGAAUCCUGUCUUGCUCUUAGCUUUACAAUGAAUACUAGAUUGGUUGAUGAAUUGUUUUUGGCUAAGAGAGCUUUAAACAAAUGUCGAGUUGCUGUGUUUGCUAGUUCUAUGUUUAACUUGAUUAGCUCUAAAAGAAUCAAGCAAUCUAGUGCUAAACCUUGCUUGACAUGUCCUGCUAAUGAGAUGAAACUUAAACAUGCUUUGGAAUGUGUUAAACAAAUGGAGGAAGUUGUUAAAAGAGAUGAAGUGAUUUCUUGUAAAAAUUGUGCUAGUUUAACUCAAGAGGUUUCUUAUUUAAAAAGUUCUUUGCAAAGAUUUUCUGAUGGAAAAAGGAACCUCAACAUGAUUCUUGAUCAAUCUAAAGUUAGCACACACAAUCGUGGUUUAGGUUUUGAUCCUCAUGUUCACUUUUCUAGACAUCCUCCUACUGUUUUAAGUAUUAUUCAGAAUGGUGAAAUUUUGACUGAACCUAAACCUAAGACUAUUGUAUUUAAAUCUGCUGGCCUCAUGUCUUCCUUGAGUGCUUCUUCAUCAAAAGUUGUGAGUGCUAAACAUGUUGUGAAUGCUAAACCUGCUUUUAACACUAAAUCUGUUGUAAAUGCCAAACCUGUCUUUAGUACUACAUCGGUUGUUAAUGCUAAACCUGCUAUAUCAACUUGUGCUUCAACUCAUCGUGAUAAGUAUACAUAUUCCUUUUGUGGCAAAGAUGGCCAUAUUGUUGGUUUCUGUUUUAGACUUGCUAGAAAGCAGAAAAAGGAACGGGAAAUUGCUUUUGCAAAACAAAGAUGGCAAAAAUUGGCUUUUACCUCGAGGCAGGCGGCAUUUUUGGCGAGGAAGGAGAACGUGUGGAUUGUGGACUCCGGUUGUUCGCGACAUAUGACCGGUGAUAAAAGUUGGUUCUCCUCUCUCGUGAGGGCAUCAAGGAAGGAUUCAAUCAUCUUCGGUGAUGCUUCUACUAGUACGAUCACUGCAACUGGAUCUGUCAAGGUAAGUGACAAAUUUACAUUGAAUGAUGUCGCUUUGGUUGAAAAUCUAAAGUACAAUUUGCUCUCCGUUUCUCAAAUUGUGGAUGAGAAUUUUGAUGUUCUGUUUAAGAAAAGUGGAAGUAAAAUUUUUUAUUUUUCUGGAGAUGUUGUGCUUAAUAUUUCUCGAUAUGGAAGAGUUUUUAAAGCUGAUUUUGAAAGUAGUAUUUCUUUUGAAGUUAUAUGUCUUGUUGCAAAGUUUUCUAAAGAUGUGAUGUUCUGGCAUCGCAGACUUGGACAUAUUGGCUUUGAUCAUCUAACUAGGAUUAGUGGUUCAGAUCUUAUUCGUAGUUUGCCUAAACUUAAAAAAGAUGUUGAUUUGGACAGCUCUUACACAUGGACACUGUCGGUCCGGCUAGAGUGCAAUCUGUUGGAGGAAAGUGAUAAAUUUGAAUCACGCUCUCGUGAUGGACUUAUGUUAGGAUAUGCUGCCCAUUCUCGAGGUUACCGUGUACUUGUUUUAGAAACUAACAAAAUUGUUGAGACUUGUGAAGUCACUUUUGAUGAGGCUAGUCCAGGUACUAGACCCGAAAUUUCAGGUACAAUAUCACAGGUUCAGGGGGAGGAUAUAUUUGUGGAGGAAAGUGAUGACGAGGACGACGACGAAGUGUCGGCUGGUGCGGAUGGUGGUGGACCUCCAGAAACCUCUAGUUCGUCAGAACAGGGUACAGAACAUGAAAAUUCAUCUGAAGCCACUGCUCCACUUCAUAUUCAACGACGACAUCCUCCGGAACAAAUAAUAGGUAACUUGGAUGAACGUACUACAAGGUCGAAGCCAGGAAAUCUACUCCAAGGACGUCCACUUCCUCAUGGAGCUCAUCCAAGUAAUUACUUUCCUGAAAUCCUACUGUUUCUCACAAAGAUAAGGCAGCUUUCUGUCCGAGAAGAUAAUUGUGAUCCAAAAUGCAGCGCAAUAAGUGAGAUAUCCAUGGAGAGUGAAAAGAAUUACCAAGUGAGGAAGAACAUACAUGCUGAGUCAUACACGCUCCAUUUGUCAGCUCAAGAGAAUACUCAACAUGAAGAGUGUGGAUAUUACAUGUGGAGGCAAAAGUUCCGAGUCAAACCGGAGAAUAGAGUGGAUAAACGUGCUGAUAUAGAUGAGUAUGUGAUCACACUGGCCUUCCCACAUGGCCAGCGUCUAGCCCGGGGGAAACGGAUUUUGCCAGGUGUCUAUGCUUUUCUUCCUACUGAGAUUUUAACAAACUUCCCUUUCAUCAUUCAGGCUGAUUUCCUCCUUGCAUCCUCAAGAGAGACAAUACUUGUUGAUAGCAUGUGGAACAAGGGAAUUCUUGAGUGUGUUCCGAGCGCUUUCCUGAAUGCAUUUGUAGCACUUGUGAAGUCGAGAGCUGAUUAUCCAGCAAUGUCACUGCCAUCCAUGUUCAACUUCCUACCAGUGCAUCCUUCACAUGUACCAUUUCUAGAGCCACUUAGGUGUGUCAUCAAAGAAAAGGUUCUUGCUGAGGAUAUUAUGCCAUGUGAGUCUUAUACUCUGCAGAAGAUGUUUUGCAAACCAGGUGAAGUUGGGCGGCUCAAGCCAGACUUCUGGGCUAUCCUCAGGAAAGCACAAGAAGCUGGAGUGGAUUUGAAGAAUCUAUCAGCUCAUGGAACCUACAUUGUUAGUUGUCAUUUUGAUAAGAGUAUAUACGACAAUGUGUUUUCAUUUCUGGAUGUAAAAGGUGUGAGUGCCGAAUGGUAUGCGAAAUGCAUUGAAGGGUCCAAUCUUGCCGAUGAGCUACCUGAAGACCUUUAUAUUGAACUUCUACAUUUUGUGGCAACAAAUUGGGACAGUCUUUUGAGUGCAAGAAUGAAAUCUAUUCCCUUACUGAAGUAUGUUGACAGUUAUGGUGUUUCCUCUUUCUGGAGCAUAUCAAGAGCUGGUCAGUCUAGUGACAGACUAUGCAUCUCUCAGAAGUUCAUACAAUGGCUCGUCAACUGGAACCAGGAGUUUCCCUCUUGCAAACAGUUUUUUCUUCCCCUCAGUACACACAGAGCUCUGUUUAAGUUCUCUAAGUACGAUUUUUUGGUAAACUGGCUUCGGAACUGUGUGAACGUGCAGGUUGUCUCUGUCUAUAGCUAUGGACUUAACAUUGCUAAAUCUUUGGACUCUGACCGCAGAUCUAUAGUCGCAUUCGCCCACUUCUUAUACCAUUCAUUUAAGAUUAGCCACAUAGAGAAUAAAUACUUUCUGAUAGAGCUGUGCCGUUCCAUGCCGAUCAUUAACAUCUAUGGGAAGGUGGUGAAGACAAAAAACAUUGUUCUUGUUCCUGCUAAGGGCAGCAAAUGGGUCAGGUUAAUGGGCACCAACCCAUGGAAGGAUGAGAAAUACACAGUAUUGGCAGCAGACUACAUGUCUUCGGCUAAUUUUGCCAGGAACACCACACCUGAUGGCCAGCUCUUGAAAUUCUUGACAGAGCACCUGCCGGUCUUAGAUGUACCAUCUGUAGACCCUCCAGAUGCAAGCUUCCCUACAGUCUCAUCGCCAUUAACCGUUGAUAAUGCAUUAUUGCUCUUGGAGUGGCUACAGAAUCUCAAGUCUCGUGGAGUAAAACUGCCAGCCAAGUUUGUGGAUUGUAUCAGUAAGGGAAAUUGGCUGAUGACAUCUGCUGACUACAGAUCACCUAGCGAAUCGUUUAUGUCCAGUGCAGAGUGGACAGGUCUUCUGCAAAUUGGAUCUUCGUUUGUUGACAUACCAAUCAUUGAUCAGCAAUUCUACCAAAACAAGCUGCGUCUGUAUAAUGAGGAACUCAAAGCAAUUGGGGUGAGAUUUGAAUUUAAUGAGGCAUCCGUGUACAUUGGUAGUCACCUGAUGUCCAUUGCUGAAAGCAAUAUGCUAACCAGAGAUAAUGUGUAUUCACUGCUUCAGCUGAUUCGGUUUCUGCAAGAGAGCAAUCUGCCUACAGGUGCUCUCGUUGACAGUGUGAGUAGCGGAGAAUGGAUGAAGAGUACUCUUGGCUAUAGAUCUCCAGCUAAUUGCAUUAUCUACGACUCAGACUGGGCAGUGGCAUCAUGUAUCAGUAUCCUACCAUUUCUUGAUGUACAGUUCUAUGGAGAAAACAUCCUUGACUAUCAACCAGAGCUUGAGUUGCUUGGUGUUCUUGUUGGAUUUGAAGAUGACUAUAUAGUUGUGAUUGAUAACUUUGAGUUCAGUUCCAAUGCUAUUUCUUCAGAGGCAACUGUACUAAUCCUGAAAUGUCUCCGUUAUGUGAGCCCAUGUGAUGAUUUCAUAACUAAACUCAAGGAUAUAAAAUGGAUAAAGACUAAUGUAGGAUUUUGUGUUCCAAGUAAAUCAUUUCUCAUUGAGCCUGAAUGGGAGUGCCUUCUGAAGGUCUUUGAUGAAGUACCCUUAAUUGAUCUGGGGUUCUAUGGGGGUGUCAUCAGUCUAUACAAAGAAGAGCUGAAGAAGACUGGGUUGAUUGCAGGACACAUGGAGGCUUCAAAUGCUCUAGCUGAUCUUUUCAAGCAGAUGGUGUCAAAAUCAUCGCUCACCAAAGCAAAUGUCCUUGCAUUGCUUGCAUCCUAUCGACAAUUGAAGUCACAUGAGCCAUCUCCCAUGAAGCUUUUCAACUGCUUGCGUGACGAGAAGUGGCUGCACACAUCACAUGGAUUCAGGAGCCCAUCAGAUGCUAUUCUCUUUGAUGAGUCAUGGUGGUUGUUAUCUCCCAUUGCAAGCUUACCCUUCAUAGAUGAUGGGGACUCCUGCUAUGGCUUACCCAUCCACUACCGUUAUUUUGCUAUCAAUGAUGGGUAUUUUCGUCAUUUGGCUAACUCCUUAAUUCUUUCUUGGGAAGCUAGGACUUGA